CCGGGGCGGCGGGCGCAGAGCGCGCGGCAGCCGUGAGCCGGUGCCCGCUGCUCGCGUGUCCCCGCCCGGCCCGGCCGCCUCGCCUCGCCGCGCCCGCCACCGCCGCCGCUGCGGCGCGCGCAAUGCGGGCGGCCGCGCCGCCCGGCCCCCGCUGAGCGCCGCCCGCUGCCGCCCAUGUGGGCGCCGCGGUGAGGCCGGCGGGACGAUGCUGCUGUCGCUGGUGCUGCACACGUACUCCAUGCGCUACUUGGUGCCCGCCGCCGUCAUGAUGGGCGCGGCGCCCACCUACGUGCUGGCCUGGGGCGCCUGGCGCCUGCUCUCGGCGCUGCUGCCCGCGCGCCUCUACCGCGAGGUGGACGACCGCCUGUACACCCUCUACCAGAGCAUGGUGCUCUUCUUCUUCGAGAACUACACGGGCGUGCAGGUAAUAAUCUAUGGGGAUUUGCCAAAAAAUAAAGAAAAUAUAUUAUAUUUAUCAAACCAUCAGUGUACAGUUGAUUGGAUUAUUGCAGACAUGUUGGCAAUGAGGCAGAAUGCAAUUGGCCACGUUCGAUAUGUUUUAAAAGACGGGUUAAAAUGGCUCCCAUUGUACGGGUGGUAUUUUUCACAGCAUGGAGGAGUCUAUGUAAAAAGAAGUGCCAAAUUCAAUGAAAAAGAAAUGAGAGCGAAAUUGCAGGCCCACGUGAAAGCUGAGAUUCCGAUGUAUUUAGUGAUUUUUCCAGAGGGGACUCGUUACAAUCCAGAAAUACCGAAAGUCAUUGCAGAUAGUCAGUCAUUUGCUGAAAAAGAAGGACUUACUGUAUUAAAACAUGUGCUGACACCACGUGUGAAGGCAACUCAUGUAGCCAUUGACACAAUGAAGGACUACUUGGAUGCAGUUUAUGAUGUGACUGUAGCAUACGAGGGUACUGUGGACCACAAAGGGCAAAGAAAGGUGGCACCAUCUAUGACAGAAUUUCUUUGCAAGGAAUGCCCAAGAGUUCAUAUUUUUGUGGAACGUAUUGAACUGAAGGACAUUCCAGAAGAACAGAUUUAUAUGAGAAGAUGGCUUCAUGAACGCUUUGAAAUAAAGGAUAAGUUAUUAAUAGAGUUUUAUGAUGCAAAGGAUUCCAAAAGAAGAAAUAAGUUCCCUGGAAAAGGUGUCCAUUCCAAAUUAAGCCUCAAGAAAACUUUGCCAUCUUUGCUGUUUUUAGGUGGCCUGACUGCUAGUAUGCUGCUGACAGAAUCUGGAAGGAAACUUUAUGUAAAAACAUGGAUAUAUGGGACCUUAAUUGGCUGCCUGUGGGUUAGCAUUAAACCGUAAGCAGGUGUUAGUCUCCAAUCAGUGAGAUGUGCUGUCUUUUCUUGCACAGUGCACCAAACUUUUUCCUGAAUUUAUAGAAAAGAGUGUAAAUAAAGCCUUAAUGAUUGAACAUUGGAAAGAAUAGAAUUUGUGACUUAAGACUCUGUGUGGUUGGUCUGGGGGAAAUAUAUGUAGUUUUUUUCAAAAUUGAUACUGAGUUUUGCUGGAAGAAUGACAGAUAAACUGAGUUAUGUGAUAAACUGUUUUCCCCAUGAACUAACAACCAUCUCUAUCUGCAGAAGAUUGAAGURUGAGUUAUGCAUAAGGGUGUCUUAAGUGGACCUGUGAAUGUAUUUGAGAGAUUAAUUUACAAUAUAUAUUUAUUCUUCUGAUAUUCAUGUUGAAUUUUUGUUGCUCUUUGGUGCAUUGCAGCAACUCAGUUGCAUCUAACCCAGCUGUAUUGCAGCUAAAAUCAACAGGUUUUUUUUUAGAAUUUUGCUUUUUAGUUUUAGAUAAAUACUUUGUUCUUUAUGAGGGACUGUGUAAACUGGCAAAUCAUGAGAUGUUACGUGAGGCAGAAUAUAAUGCUCCUGAGGACGGCUGUUCAUGGGGAAGCAGCUCUGUUUAUCUGGUGCAUGAUGUUUUGGUUAUGUUACAUAUUAGCUCAUUAUUUUACAUCUGCAAAACAUGAAAUUUUACAGAGCAAAGAGCUUAUUUUGCGCACCCUGUGUUUGUGCACAAGAGGAAUGUAUGCAGUAUAAGAAAAUGUUAAGUUUUUUAAAUGUGGCCUAGCCAGACUGUAUCCUACCGUGUGCCCGAGUUGCCAGUUGCUUGUGGGAAGUUCCAGCGGAGCUAACAGAGCUGCAGUGUCCGUGCCACGAGGAGCAGCRAACGCUCCCAAGCUCCCCGUUACCUCAAAAGUUACCUGGAAGCGAAUUUACCUACUUUGCUUAAUGUAGAGAAUAUCCCGGACUCCUGCAGGUGUAGUAAUGGUAAUGGGGAACACGCAGAGUUCCUGCUCAUCGGAAGCCUUUUCCUGCUGACCUGAUUGAGCCUAACGUUUCAUCACCUGGAAAGCAUCUUCRUGGCUCGACACCGCACUAGAUUUGCCAGCCCCGGUAGGCGACGCAGGCUGCAGCUGGACUGAAGUUAUGGGCUUAAUAUAUAUGGCUUGUACAGUAGAUUGAUAGUGAAAGAAAUGCAUAUUGUAUCAGUAUUUCACUUGCUUGAAAAUAUACUUUAAAAAAUGAGAUAGGCAAACCCUUAAGCAGACCUUAAAAAAGGUCUGUUAUUCCUAUGGCUGAUAUAUUUUGGGGGGAAAUGCCAUUUCCUCAUAUCAAGAGAAUAGUCUAUACAUGCAGCACUGGAGUAGGAAGGAAGAUGUAUUUUAUCUUCUUUCAUUAGAUAAUCAGACUCUGCAUCAAGGUGAAAAAUAAACUAGAGAAUAUUUUUCUAUCACACUUCUAAGYUUUAAAUGUGCAUUUCUUUCUAGCUUCAGUAGUGUUUGUCUUGCAUUAGAGCCUGCUAUGAGUUACAAUGAUAUGUCUAAAAAUUUUAACUCAAUUUUUCAGAUUUCACUGUUGUCAGUUAAUUAAAAUUACUGCUUUUACUGUGUUUUUUUCCAUAGAAUAUUAUAGAAUAAUUAUGGCUCCACCUUAAAAAUCAUUUAGUACAACUUUCAGUUUGCAGUUCUGUGUCUUUCCGUAAUAGAUUUUUGUCACCAGAGUUAUUUAUAUCAGAGAUUGAUUCAGGAUAUGUUGAUGAACCAUGUUAAAAACAAUGACUGGGAACAAUGUUGAAAAACAGUAUUGUUAGGAGGCUGUGAAACCAGGGGGAAAAAAAAAAGCCAUUUUAUGUAACAGCCAAAUGUGCUCCCAUGUAAUUCUUCCUAUUCUCAGCUGAAUGUUUCCAGUGGGUAUGACCAGAAAGCUGUGUUCCUAUGUUAGUUGAAUUUUUGAAUCAUGGAAUGAAAUUUCACUCUGAUAUGAUUAAAUUUCUUGGUAAUAGUUAAGAGGGACAUUUGAUCUUACAUCAAAAAUAAGUGCAAGCUUCUUAACUCAUUUGUAGAAAAACAACUGUUGUUUUGGAGAGCUUAAUUGCCACAAAAUGUUGGACCUCUCUUGCAGUUUAACUACUGGGAAUAUAUUUGACGUAAUGCAGCAAACCAACAGGAAGUUUAUUUUGAAAGUUACUCUCCAUGUUAAACAAUUUUGUUGGA